CGAAAGCAAAACAGCCAUAAUUCGAGAAAAUCAAGAUAAGUUGAAGUUCAAACUAUAGGACAACAUCAUUUAAAAAUCAAAAUGACGGACCCCGAGCACAUCUCUCCCAAUGUGCUGAAAAACUACGAUGUGCUUGGGAAAGUGUCCCGCGGCAAUUACGGGCUCGUGUGGCGGGCGAAAGCGUUUGCGACGGGGGAAAAAAAGUACGCGAUUAAGCGGGUCAUUAAUGCUUUCAAGAACGCCGUGGACGCGCAGAGGACGUAUCGGGAGAUCACACUGCUGUUGGAGCUGAACGGCCACGCGAACAUCGUGGAGAUUUUUGAUGUCGUCAAGGUACAGAAUGAAUGUUAGUACAGUUUUAUUGUCACUUUAUGCGGCAGUCCAGUAUGCCAUGAUGCAGGAUUUUUGAAGAAGUUUUUUCCGCACAUCAGCGCGAUUAUGAUUACCAACUACACAUACUACAGGAUUACUACGACUUGGACAUCUACGUUGUCCUCGAAUACAUGCCCGCGACGCUGGCAAACAUUCUGAAAAACACGCGACUGUCCGACGUCCAGCUUUCCUUCAUGAUCUACCAAACCCUGCGCGCGUUGCUCUACAUCCACACGGGGGGCAUCGUCCAUCGCGAUUUGAAGCCCCAGAACAUUCUGAUUAACGCGGACUGUCGCUUGAAAAUCUGCGAUUUUGGGUUAGCGCGAACGCUGUACGAGUCCCCGGAAGACGAGGUCACGCUGCGGCGCCAGCGGCAGGCCGCGGCGCUGAAGUCCACGCAUGCGCGCCUGUCCGACGAUGACAACGAAAACCAGAAGGAGCGGAUGGAGCCGCAGUACCAGAUUGAGGAAGAGGGGUUUUUGUCCAACUACAUCGCGAGCCGGUGGUACCGGGCGCCGGAGGUGAUGCUCGGGUCAACCACGUACGACUUCUCCUUCGACAUGUGGGCGGCGGGGUGCGUGUUCGCGGAAAUGUAUCUGCCGAAUCCGUUGUUCAAAGGUAUUAACAGCUGAUUCUCAGCCUGUUAUGCGAAAAUGUAAAUGUUGUGACUAAGUUAUGCGAGUUGAUGAGAAAUGAUCUUAAUCUAUGACAUUCUUCACACCCGCAGGUACCUGCAUGUUCACGCAGUUGGAGGCGAUUUACCUGCAUCUGGGAAAACCCGACCGGUUUGACAUUAUGACGAUGGACGCGCCGUACGCCGAGCAGAUGUUCGAAGCGACCUUGGUGAACAAGAAGGAGCCCCUGUCCUCGCUGUUCCUACCCCGCCAAGUCCCGGUUUCCAACGUGCCCAACUGCCCCACGGUGACGGAGAACCCAACCGUGGCGGAGAAUCCGGAGGAGUUGUUGGAUUUUCUGGAACUGCUCCUCCUUUGGUCCCCCCCGAAGCGUUAUCAAAUGCAAAUAUGUCUGGGUCUGGAAGAUUCCGAGUUUUCUCAUGCAGUUUCUCCAAGCUCCACUAAGUCUGGAAUGCAGGACCUAGCAUCACAGGAUCUGCAGCCCCUCUGUGAUGCCUGUUCUGCAUGAGAAAUGCCCCCUCAGCAUGGCCAGAAGUGGGCACCUUUUGCAAGUCACGCAACACAGAUUUUUGUAUGAUGCGCAACAUGCAUCACAAGUCCCAACCUUCCAGACCCAGACAUUUUUACAAUCCAUAAGCGUAUGACGGCGGAGGAGGCCAUACGACACCCUUUCGUCUCCGCCUACCACAAUCCGGAUGACGAGCCGCGGUUCCGGGAGCCCCUGGAGCUGCUAUCCACUGCAAAUAUGUAGUCUGGGUUUGGAACCUUGUGACGCUAAAAUGUGACUGGUGGGCGCACUACAAUACGCAGCCAAUCAUGACAAAUUUUUGAGCUGCUAUUCUGUUUCGGUUUCGGCAUGGCAAACUGCGUGUUUGCACGACAGGCAAGAGGCCCUUGUCCUGCUUAUGCAUCACAGAUUUGCGAGUCAUUCCAGACAAGCAUGACAAAGUUGCAUCCACCGUAUCCAGACCCAGACAUAUUUGCAAUGCAUAGCUGCCCCUCGCGGACGACUGUCUCUUCACGGUGAAUGAUUACCGAGACCGGAUUUACGCGGACGUGCUGCAGAUUCCGCGGGCGGUGACCCGGGUUGCGGAUAAGGAGGUGGAGUUGCACCAACAACGGGUGGCGGACAAGUUGUUGCAGGAGGAAGAGGAGGCGGAUGAGGAUUAG